AUGACCACCACCGCAGCCCCUCUCAACAAAAUCACCACCACCACCAUCCACAUCGCCGCCUUAGAUGGCGUAGUUACGGUCAACUCACUCUUCACAUUCGCCGUGUUCCUCGGCCUCACCUGGAACCCAACCGACCCCAACUACAUCCUCGUCGACGCCACCGCUACCGCAUGCGCUGCCACUUCCUCCAUAGCCGAAGACCUUGUGGCCUUCCAUGUAUACUCAUUCAGCUCCUUUCUCUUCUCUAGUCUUAUUGCCUUGGGGAUGAAACAGGCCAUUAGGAGUUCCGAGGAGGGAGAGCAUGGGGUUGGGUUGCGAAGCGUUGCGUAUGUUAAUUUGAAGGUUUUGAGAAUGGGGAUAUUGGCAUCGGCGGCUGGCUCGGUUUUGGGGUGUGUGUUCUUGACUGUGGCAAUGGUGGACUUGGUUCAGAUUAAGCUUGGAAUAUUGGGUUGUUGGAGUUGGUAUAGCUUGGCCGUCACUUUUGGUCCAUUGGUGAUCUUGAAGCAAAACCAACCAGUUAACCUCCUGACAUUUUCUUCUGCUUGGAACCAGCUUGCUUUUCCCUCAAAACCACCUCCAAAGCUUCUAAAAAUCGCCCUCUUUGUCAAGAAAUGGCCAAACAAAUAUCAAGCUGGUGGGCUUGAACGGCAUGCUUUGACCCUCCACCUCGCCCUUGCAAAGCGAGGCCAUGAGCUCCAUAUCUUCACCACGGCACCAGCAAACUCAUCUUUCCCAAGAUACCCAAUGAGCAAUUUGUAUUUUCACCUCACAAAACCAACAGCUGCAGGUUAUCUGGACCAAGCUCUAGUUUGGAAGCAAUUUCAAACCCAAAACUCAACUGGAAAACCAUUUGAUGUGAUCCAUACUGAAAGUGCAGGGAUCAUGCAUACUCGAUCACGGAGUCUGACCAACCUGGCUGUUACGUGGCAUGGGAUUGCAUACGAAGCCAUUCAUUCCGACAUCAUUCAAGAAGUUUUGCGGAAUUCUGAAGAAUCUCAGGCAUAUGCAUUGACUGCGAGAGCUUUUAAGGUUGUUGAAGAGGUGAAGUUCUUCCAAAAUUAUGCUCACCACGUUGCCACUAGCGAUCAUUGCGGGGAUGUCCUUAAAAGGAUUUACAUGAUACCGGAAGAAAGAGUUCAUACUAUUCUCAAUGGUGUAGAUGAGGAGAUUUUCAAUCCUGAUUUGUCCAAGGGUAAGGACUUUAAGCUGAAGAUUGGUAUUUCACAAUCUAAAGCGUUGAUUUUGGGAAUGGCAGGGAGAUUGGUGAAGGAUAAAGGGCAUCCAUUGAUGUUUGAAGCUCUGAAGCAAAUGUUCAUGGAAAAUUCUACAUUUCAGGCAAGUGUUAUUGUUCUCGUUGCUGGUGAUGGUCCAUGGGGUGCUAGAUACAAAGAUCUUGGAGCCAAUUUAUUGGUUUUGGGGCCAUUAGAACAGGCUCAAAUGUCAAGGUUUUAUAAUGCAAUAGAUAUUUUUGUGAACCCAACUCUUCGAGCUCAGGGGUUGGAUCACACUUUGUUAGAAGCCAUACUCUCCGGUAAGCCAGUAAUGGCUACUAGGCUUGCCAGCAUCACAGGGUCUGUAAUUGUCGGUAAAGAAAUGGGUUAUACAUUUUCACCUACAGUAUCUUCACUAAAGAAGGCUCUUUAUGAGGUUUGGGAAGAUGGAAGAGGUAUUUUGGAGAAGAAAGGUCAAUUGGCAAGGCAAAGAGGCGUGGAGUUGUUCACUGCCGCCAAGAUGGCAGCUGCCUAUGAAAGGCUGUUUCUUUGCAUCUCAAGCGAUAGCAGAAACAGAGAUAUAUAUUGCAAGUAUCAAUCUCAAUUCGGCUAA